ACAAGCAAACUAGAGAUACACGAGAAGCUCUUAGCUCACUCCCUCUUUACAGAUAUCUCCCCUUAGGGAACCAAAACAGGGGCGGGCGAGCGAGCGAGAAAUGGUGAGAAUUCUCCCCAUGGCAUCUCCUUCCUUCCACCUCUCUUCCUUUCGUCCUUCUCUCUAUUCUUUCAGAGUCUUCCGGACUGCUCGCAUCGGUGCUUCUCUCCCAACAUAUAAUCCUUCUCGUAGGCUCGCUCUAUUUCAUCUCGGUAGCGCUAUUCCUCAGGGAAAGCUUUUUGGUAUAAAAUCACCUAAGUUGUUAAGAGCAGAAGGAAGCAGCAGAGAGGCUGGCAUGGCUGGAAAUGUGGCGCAGGCAACCACUGCUGUUAGCCAAGAAAAUGUCCUAGAGUGGGUCAAGAAAGACAAGCGGAGAAUGCUGCAUGUUGUUUAUCGUGUUGGGGACUUGGACAAGACCAUAAAAUUUUAUACAGAGUGUUUGGGUAUGAAGCUGUUGCGGAAACGUGAUAUACCUGAGGAAAGAUACACAAAUGCUUUUCUUGGAUAUGGGCCCGAAGAUUCCCACUUUGUUGUUGAGCUCACUUACAAUUAUGGAGUGGACAAGUAUGAUAUCGGAACUGGGUUUGGCCAUUUUGGUAUCGCAGUUGAGGAUGUUGCCAAGGUGGUGGAACUCGUAAAGGCAAAAGGCGGGAAAGUGACAAGAGAACCUGGACCAGUAAAAGGUGGAAAGACAGUAAUUGCUUUUAUUGAGGAUCCUGAUGGUUAUAAGUUUGAACUUUUGGAAAGAGGUCCUACUCCUGAGCCUUUGUGUCAAGUAAUGCUUCGGGUGGGAGAUCUUGAACGUGCCAUAAAUUUCUAUGAGAAGGCUUUCGGCAUGGAGCUUCUGCGCAAGCGAGAUAAUCCUGAAUACAAGUAUACGAUAGCCAUGAUGGGCUAUGGUCCAGAAGAUAAAAAUGCAGUGCUGGAGUUGACAUACAAUUACGGGGUCACUGAAUAUGACAAAGGAAAUGCUUAUGCACAGAUAGCAAUAGGCACAGAUGAUGUUUAUAAGACUGCUGAAGCAAUUAAGCUGUGUGGGGGGAAGAUAACCCGUGAGCCUGGGCCUUUACCGGGUAUUAAUACCAAGAUUACUGCCUGCUUGGAUCCUGAUGGUUGGAAAUCGGCAUUCUACCCCUAAUCCUUAAGUGACUUUGAAUACCCCAUUACCAACAGCUUACCUGAAGUCCUGAAGUGGACCUGGACUUUUCUUUUCCUUUUUUUUUUUAUUAAGUCAAAAGAUGAAGAUUGGUGGGCCUAAAGUCUAUUACCAUUAGCAGAGAAAAAGGGGGGGGGGGGGAUGAAAGAUGAUAGUAUAUGGUGGUUUGAGCCAGUAAGCCUGUGAGAGCUUAAGGGGACCUUGACUUAACUGGAUUUGAGACCUGGUUUUACAACCGUUGCUAUUAUGUCCUGGGCUCCAAAGUUAAACGUGGAUCCAGCUAACUGGCCUUAGUUUGUUGUGUACUUCAAUACCUGACUACUUGUUGACUGCCCUGCCUGAACAUAUUGAUCUUUGUUAUCCUACCAUUUUUCUAAUAAUUUUGUUCUCGUUCUAUGCUUA